GCAGCUGCUCCCGCCGCCGCCUGGAUAUAGUGCGGCGCGGAGCGGAGCCGGCAGGCACUUGGCGAGGAGGAGCGCGCGGGCUGUGGGCGGCUGGGGCACCCGGGAGCGGCGGCGGCUCUCGCGGAGGCGGCCGUGGCGGCGGAAGGGUCUCUCUCCAGGGCUGGACCGAAGAACUUUGCAAGUGUCCGCCGGUGGCACGUCCUGAACAUGAGCCUCCUGCUCUCCUUCUACCUGCUCGGGUUGCUUGUCAGUCGCGGGCAAGCUCUUCUUCAAGUGACAAUUUCACUUAGCAAAGUAGAGCUUAGUGUGGGUGAAUCAAAAUUCUUCACAUGUACAGCAAUUGGUGAGCCUGAGAGUAUAGACUGGUAUAAUCCUCAAGGAGAGAAGAUAAUUUCAACACAGAGGGUGAUGGUACAAAAGGAGGGUGUCAGGUCACGAUUAACCAUCUACAAUGCAAAUAUAGAAGAUGCAGGGAUAUAUCGUUGUCAAGCAACAGAUGCCAAAGGCCAGACACAAGAAGCUACAGUUGUUUUGGAAAUUUACCAAAAGCUCAUUUUCAGAGAAGUGGUAUCACCUCAAGAAUUCAAACAGGGAGAAGAUGCAGAAGUGGUUUGCCGAGUUAGCAGCUCGCCUGCACCUGCCGUCAGCUGGUUGUACCAUAAUGAGGAAGUCACCGCUAUUUCCGACAAUCGGUUCGCCAUGUUAGCCAACAAUAACCUGCAGAUUCUCAACAUCAAUAAAAGCGAUGAAGGUAUAUAUAGAUGUGAAGGAAGAGUGGAGGCUAGGGGUGAAAUUGACUUCCGUGAUAUCAUCGUUAUUGUAAAUGUGCCACCAGCAAUCACAAUGCCUCAGAAAUCCUUCAAUGCCACAGCAGAGAGAGGAGAAGAGAUGACAUUAUCCUGCAGGGCCUCUGGCUCUCCUGAGCCCACCAUCUCUUGGUACAGGAAUGGCAAGUUCAUUGAAGAAAGUGAAAAGUACAUAUUGAAAGGAAGCAAUACAGAACUCACUGUCAGAAACAUAAUCAAUAGUGAUGGAGGCCAUUAUGUCUGCAGGGCCACAAAUAAGGCAGGAGAAGAUGAAAAACAGGCAUUCCUACAAGUCUUUGUACAGCCUCACAUAAUACAGCUAAAAAAUGAAACUACGUAUGAGAAUGGCCAAGUCACACUCAUCUGUGAAGCAGAAGGGGAGCCUAUUCCAGAGAUCACAUGGAAAAGAGCCGUGGAUGGAAUCACAUUCUCCGAAGGCGAUAAGAGCCCAGAUGGCCGUCUUGAAGUCAAAGGGCAGCACGGAAGCUCAUCCCUGCAGAUUAAAGAUGUGAAGUUGUCCGAUUCUGGGAGGUACGAUUGUGAAGCUGCGAGUAGAAUCGGAGGGCACCAAAAGAGCAUGUAUCUGGAUAUCGAAUAUGCUCCCAAGUUCAUAUCAAACCAAACAAUUUAUUAUUCUUGGGAAGGAAAUCCGAUCAACAUAAGCUGUGAUGUGAAAUCUAAUCCGCCAGCAUCAGUCCACUGGAGAAGAGAGAAAUUAGUCCUGCCAGCUAAAAACACUACUAAUUUAAAGACAUAUAGUACAGGAAGAAAGAUGAUAUUAGAGAUUGCACCUACAUCUGACAAUGACUUUGGACGCUAUAAUUGCACAGCCACAAAUCGUAUAGGAACGAGAUUUCAAGAAUAUAUUCUUGCUCUGGCUGAUGUACCAUCCAGUCCCUAUGGGGUGAAGAUUAUAGAGCUGUCACAGACCACAGCCAAAAUUUCUUUCAACAAGCCAGAUUCCCAUGGAGGUGUGCCUAUCCAUCACUAUCAAGUGGAUGUCAAAGAAGUGGCAUCAGAGACCUGGAAAAUAGUACGCUCCCAUGGAGUUCAAACAAUGGUUGUUUUGAGCAACCUGGAACCAAAUACAACUUAUGAAAUCAGGGUUGCAGCUGUGAAUGGAAAAGGGCAAGGAGACUACAGUAAAAUAGAAAUCUUCCAAACAUUACCAGUUCGUGAGCCAAGUCCUCCAUCCAUACAUGGGCAGCCAAGCAGUGGGAAGAGCUUUAAACUCAGUAUCACCAAACAGGAUGACGGAGGGGCCCCUAUUUUGGAAUACAUUGUGAAGUAUAGAAGUAAAGAUAAAGAAGACCAGUGGCUAGAGAAAAAAGUGCAGGGAAAUAAAGACCAUAUUAUUUUGGAGCAUCUACAGUGGACAAUGGGGUAUGAGGUUCAAAUUACAGCGGCCAACAGAUUGGGAUAUUCUGAACCGACAGUCUAUGAGUUCAGCAUGCCACCAAAGCCCAACAUUAUUAAAGACACACUUUUUAAUGGCCUUGGGCUUGGAGCAGUCAUUGGCCUGGGAGUUGCCGCACUCUUGCUCAUCCUUGUGGUAACAGAUGUCAGCUGCUUCUUUAUUCGACAAUGUGGGUUAUUAAUGUGCAUCACCAGGAGAAUGUGUGGGAAGAAAAGUGGCUCCAGUGGCAAAAGUAAAGAACUGGAAGAAGGAAAAGCUGCCUACCUGAAAGAUGGAUCAAAAGAGCCAAUAGUGGAGAUGAGAACAGAGGAUGAAAGAAUUACUAAUCAUGAAGAUGGAAGCCCAGUAAAUGAGCCAAAUGAAACCACACCACUAACAGAACCUGAAAAACUGCCUUUAAAAGAAGAGAAUGGGAAAGAAGUCCUAAAUCCAGAAACUAUAGAAAUUAAGGUUUCUAAUGACAUCCAAUCAAAAGAAGACGACAGCAAAGCAUAACACCGAGCUUGCAGAGGCGGGAACAAUGCUACAAAGAGCAUUUGGAUUGCAGUGACCCUAUGACCAAAACUAUUCCAUUGACCUUAAUUUCUUGGGAAACUUCUAGCUUGGAAUAGCUUGUACACAUAUACAUAUGAUCAAAUACUCCUGCCCAUGGUCCAUUUCCUUCGUUGUUGUUGUUGUUGUUGUUGUUAUUGUUGUUGUUUAUUUUGUUAAGAAAUUCUAUAUAGAGACCUGACUGGCACCAACUCUUGGGUAUCAAUUUGACUCUAUGAUUGAAGAAAUGCAAUUAUUAGAUGGCUAACGUGCUCUACUAGUACUUCUUCAGAACUAUAUCUCAUACCACAACCUCUCCAAAAAAUAGGAGUUUAAACAAAACAAACAAAAAACUUUGUGAGCUAGUUGUAAGAGAACCCUGCAUGUUUUCAAUCCUAUAUUGGGCAAAUAGAUUAUUAAAGUGGAUUUCAGUUGAAGAUGAAAACACUUAAUAAAGGUUACACUUUUUAGGAGAAUUUCAGGGAACCCGGGCUUGAAUAAGCCAGCUAUCUUUAGCAGAUAUUAGAAAUGGAGAGAGACUUUGGAAAACUGUUUUUAAGUUACAGUUAUAGACUGACGUGCCAGAUCAAAAUUGUUACCCACUUGAAUGAAUAUUAGUUGUAUGUAAAAUUAGAGUAGAAAGAUUCCGUAAAUCUCUUUCUAUAUGCCAUAUUCACUCACAGUGGAUUACACAUACACACACACACACACACACACACACACAAAUGUAUUGCAAGUGAAAAUAAUAUUGACUUCUGCCCUCAGCUUCAAGUAAUAAAGUAAAUUGAAAUGGGAAUAAUA